AUGUCGUCAAGAAACCCGACAACCUGGGACCAGUACGAGCGCGGGGGUCGGUCUCCCGGCAGAACUAGCAGCUUCUCCUCGGUGGGAAACAGAAGCGUUCAGUUCGAGAACGAGUCGCUGCUUGGCCGCAGUGCUGAUGCUAAUGGCUACGGCGAGGAUGGGGAAUGGCCACAGUUGAGGCGUAGGAGAUCUUCCAUCACCAACCGUCUUUCCGCCGUGGCCGACAUUGGUGGCGUCAACAGUAUCCGCUCCUUCACCAGGAGUUGGCAGCGUGCCGCCGGCUUCAGCGAAGUCAUCCCCCAACGUCCGUCCUUCGUCUUCGCCCCGGAUCAAGCCCCAAUAGCAGUACCGCCCUCCGGCGCGACUCCCAUUCAGUAUGGAAGGAGUGAUCUCGAAGCUGGCGAGGCAACGCCCCCCCGGUCAUCUCUGUUGCGACAACACUUUGAAUCUGCCGCCGGCUCUGCUCCUCAAGGCGAAGUCGCGGAACCUAGCACGACAACAACGACGACGCAACGGCAUUCGACCGAUUACCGAGAACGCGAGGCGAAGGCGCUCGAAAAUGAGCUGGCCCAGGGAUUUCGUGUAGGAAGCGCAGGAUCGAUAUUUGCUGUUCCGCCACACCUGGCGACUCCGCCCAUCGUGGGCAGCUAUGGGACGAUUCCUGAUUACGGGACGAUACGGACCAGGGGUAGCAUCAGCAGGCAGUCAAUAGACCAGGUCUCGGUUCUGUGGAGGGAACCGCAAGAGGUGCCGGCGAACGUGCCCGAUCAGGAGAUCCCGCCUAUUCUGGUGAAGGAGGUUGAGCAGGACGGGAAGAUCGUUCUGGCUGUUGAGGGACAGUCGACUCUCCCGCAGACGGUGUUUAACUCUAUCAAUGUCCUCAUUGGAGUCGGCCUCCUGAGUUUGCCAAUGGGCAUCAAAUACGCCGGUUGGCUCUGCGGCAUGAUCACUCUCUUUCUAUGCGCCGCCGUAACCGUCUACACCGCGAAGCUGUUGGCGAAAUGCAUGGAUUUGGAUCCUAGUCUGAUCACCUUCUCCGACCUCGCCUUCAUCUCGUUCGGCCGAAACGCGCGCAUAGCCACCAGUAUCCUCUUCACGCUAGAGCUACUAGCUGCCUGCGUCGCCCUCAUCGUUCUCUUUGCCGAUUCUCUGGAUCUGCUGUUCCCAGGCUUCCUGUCGGUCACAGGGUGGAAGAUCAUCUGUGCGGUCAUCAUGGUGCCGGUAAACUUUUUGCCGUUGAGGCUUUUGAGCUUUACGAGCAUUAUUGGCAUCUUCUGCUGUUUUUCGAUUGUUCUCAUCUUGCUUACCGAUGGCUUCCUCAAGCCCACAGCGCCUGGUUCCCUUAUCGAGCCUGCCAAAACCUACAUAUUCCCGGAGAAUUGGUUGACUUUGCCUCUUUCCUUUGGUCUGCUCAUGUCUCCCUGGGGCGGCCAUGGCGUAUUCCCCAAUAUCUACCGAGAUAUGAGACAUCCGUACAAGUAUACAAAGGCGUUGAAAAUAACCUUUUCGUUUACUUAUAUUUUAGACGCAACCACAGCAGUCGCGGGUCUCCUCAUGUUCGGUGACGACGUCCGCGACGCGAUCACAUCCAACAUCCUGCUCGAGACCAGCUACCCCAAGGUCCUGACCUUUUUCAUGUGCGCCUUCGUCGCCAUCAUCCCGCUCACCAAGAUCCCGCUCAACGCACGCCCCAUCAUCGCCACGCUCGAGGUCCUGUUCGGCCUGCACACGACGACGGUCGCCGAUUUGAGCUCCGGGCUCGUGGGCCGCUCCAUGUACUUCCGCGGCGUCAUGAAGAUUGCCAUUCGCGCGCUGACCGUCUUCUGUUUCCUGGUUAUCUCGAUCGUCUUUCCGGCUUUUGAUAGUAUCAUGGCUUUUAUGGGGAGUGCGUUGUGUUUCCAGAUUUGCGUCAUUCUACCGAUCCUCUUCCACCUCAAGCUCUUCGGAAGCAGCAUCUCGCGUAGAGAGAGGAUUUUUAAUUACUUCUUGCUUGCGAUAUCGAUUACUUUGUCUACCGUGGGCACUGUUUGGGCUUUCCUGCCCAAGACCCUUUUUGUUCCUGAAUAG